UUGUCCUUUUCAUCUCAUCAUCUUCCUCCUCUUCUAUCUCAUUUAAUAUACAUCUUUCCAAAGCCACUUGUGUCCAGUGGGCUUUGACGACAGUAUCUGAAGUUACUAUAUUUUUUUCAUUACAUAGUUUGUGCGGGUCCAAGGGUUGAAGCUUAUUGCUAGUGACUCACAUUAUUUUGGAGAAUUUUUCUUCACGCCGCCAAGGAAAUCUAGAAGAGGUCAACAACUCCAAAUAGCGGAAAUAUUGAAUUAGACAUUCCUUCAAGAUGGGCCUGUUGACUUUGGUAGAAGGUAUGAUAACUUGAUCUUAUUGAGGUUAUUUCAAAAGAAAAGACAUUGACAUUCUUCAGAUCGGCCUACACCGCCAUGUGUCUACAACGCCCGCGUAUAUUUUUGCGCAACUGUGUAAGAUAUCGUGUCUAAUAUACAUAAAGUCACCACGCUAAUCAUCCCUCAGAGCCGCAUUCUGUGCAGUAAUGAUUGGAUAUGACUCUGCAUUCAUUGGAGGAACAAUCGCUCUCACCUCUUUCAAAGACGAAUUCCAUUGGUCAAAAUAUUCAAGUGAUGAAGCCCUACUUAUCUCCGAAAACAUCGUUUCAUUGUACCAGGCUGGUGCAUUCUUUGGAGCUCUUGGUGCUUAUGCAGCUGGCCACUAUCUGGGUAGAAAAGUAGGCCUUCAACUCUUCUCUGGAAUUUUCGUUCUUGGCGCUGGAUUGAUGUUAGGUGCGAAUGGAGAUAGAGGACUCGGGUUGAUUUAUGGUGGCAGAGUAUUGGCUGGUAUCGGUGUUGGUGGUGCUUCAAAUUUGACUCCUAUCUAUAUUUCCGAACUUGCACCUCCGGCUAUUCGAGGACGCCUGGUUGGACUGUAUGAGAUGGGAUGGCAAGUUGGUGGUGUUGUUGGCUUUUGGAUUAACGUAAGUCCUACGCACUUACGAGUUUCAACAUCUUAGUUUAUUAACAAAUCGACAGUACGGAGUCUCUACCACUAUGCCCGCAAACCACGAGCAAUGGAUUAUUCCAUUUGCUAUUCAACUUAUCCCCGCUGGUCUCAUGUUCGCUGGACUGUUUUUCAUUAAAGAAUCUCCUAGAUGGCUCAUGAGCCGCGGUGAUCGAGCAACAGCACUAAAAAACCUCUGCUGGAUCAGAAAACUUCCUCAAGACGAUAUUUACAUGCUCGAAGAAGUAUCCAGCAUUGAUGCUGCCCUCGAACAACAACAGGCGACCGUCGGACUUGGCUUUUGGCAACCGUUCAAAGCCCUCGGUAACGACCGCAAAGUCAUGUAUCGUUUCGCCCUCGGCUGUUCGCUUUUCUUCUGGCAAAACACAUCUGGAAUCAAUGCCAUCAACUACUACUCCCCUACUGUCUUUAAGGAAAUCGGAGUCGUCGGCACAAACAGUUCUCUUCUCACCACUGGUAUCUUCGGUGUAAUCAAGGCACUCGUCACCAUAGUAUGGCUCUUUUUCCUCAUCGAUAAUUUCGGUCGUAGAAAUCUCCUCAUGUAUGGUGCUUUCGCUGGAGCCAUCUGUCUGUACUAUGUUGGAUCCUACAUCGCCAUUGCAGACCCCUCUUCAAACCCCACUACCUCCCUCACCGCGGGCGGCAAAUCCGCAAUUGCAUUCUUUUACCUAUGGACCGCUUCCUACACUCCUUCAUGGAACGGUACACCCUGGGUCAUCAACUCGGAAAUGUUUCCCCAAAAUGUCCGCACGCUCGGCCAAGCAUUCGCCGCAGCUAGUAACUGGUUUUUCAACUUCCUCGUUGCGCGCUUCACGGCGCAAAUGUUUAAGGCAAUGGGAUAUGGAGUCUUUAUUUUCUUUGCAUCCUUGAUGAUGUGCAGUAUUGUUUUUGUAUUUUUCUUAGUUCCGGAGACGAAGAGUAUCCCGCUGGAGAGUAUGGAUCGACUUUUUAGCUCCGAGUUGAAGGCGAGACAUGCGCAUGGUAUUGUAUUGAGAGAGUUGAAGGAUGAUGAAGAGGCGUUUAGGAGGAAUGUGGAGGGAAGUGGGAUUGGAUUGGAUAAAGAAGGGAAUGAGAAGAGUGCGCAUGUUGAGGUUGUUUAGCUUUAAGGGAGUUAAAAUGCGAGCUGUUAUAGAGGAAAAUUGCGGGAAAACUGGAUGUUUGGAGAAUCUUUUUUGAUUCAAGCGUGCUCAUUUGGAGGCGCGCUUGGCUUUUGGGGAUAAAUAGAUGCAUACUUUCAUCUAUGGUUAUUGUUCAGCGCUUCGGCAUGUAAGGUUAUACAUGAUAUAUAGAUAUAUCAUGACUCAUGACUCAUGAAACGAAUUUACGAGUAUGAGGAUAUCAAGAAGAAAAUUUCUUAUUUUCAUUUAAAGUUAA